CUCUUGCCUUUUACCUUCAAGUCGACCUUUUUCUCCCUCCCUAUCGUCUUCAGUAAUUCACUCACUCUCUCUCUCUCUCUCUAUCCAGACUUGUCUUCCUUCAAUGUUGGAGACACCAUUCUAUAGCGUAUAGAAUCUCAACACUAUCGUUUUCUUUUGGGAUUUUGGCUUUGUGGGUGCUCCAUCUCCCUAUUUUACACCGAGUUAUUGCGUGGUUUGCGCAAAUUUACUUUCGGCCAUGGAUGAUGAGUAUGCUAAGCUUAUCAGGAGGAUGAACCCGCCCAGAGUUGUAAUUGACAAUGAUGCCAGCGAGGAAGCCACUGUUAUUCAGGUUGACAGUGUUAACAAACAUGGAAUUCUCCUGGAAGUAGUCCAAGUUCUUACAGACAUGAACCUUGUUAUAACCAAAGCAUACAUCUCAUCUGAUGGGGGAUGGUUCAUGGAUGUGUUCAAUGUGGUCGAUGGAGAUGGAAACAAAAUCAGAGACAAAGGGGUCAUCAAUUAUAUCACAAAAACACUUGAAAGUGAUGCCAGCUUUGUGCCUCCAAUGAGAGGGACUGUUGGGGUGAUGCCCUCUGAAGAUCACACCUCAAUUGAAUUGAGUGGUACAGACAGGCCUGGUCUACUGUCCGAAGUGUGUGCAGUUCUUGCAGACCUUCACUGUAAUGUGGUGAAUGCUGAGAUAUGGACACACAAUGCUAGAGCUGCAGCUGUUGUUCAUGUUACAGAUGAUUCCACAGGGUGUGCAAUUGAAGACCCUAAUCGACUCUCAAAAAUAAAGGAACUUCUUUGCAAUGUUUUGAAAGGAAACAAUGACUUGAAGACAGCAAAAAUGACACUUUCACCCCCUGGGUUUACACAUAGGGAGAGAAGGUUACAUCAGAUUAUGUUUGCAGACCGCGACUAUCAAAGAGUGGAAAGAACAGAACUUGGGAAAGAUAAGAGCUCAAGGCCCCAUGUAACUGUAUUGGAUUGUAUUGAGAAGGAUUAUACUGUGAUUACUAUGAGGUCAAAAGAUCGGCCAAAGUUGUUGUUUGAUACUGUCUGCACUCUAACAGACAUGCAGUAUGUAGUUUUUCAUGGAGUGGUCCACACAGGGAGGAUGGAAGCUUAUCAGGAAUAUUAUAUCAGGCAUGUUGAUGGACUCCCUAUGAGCUCAGAUGCUGAGCGAGAACGUGUCAUAGAGUGUCUUGAAGCAGCAAUUGAAAGGCGAGCAUCUGAGGGACUGGAGCUAGAACUCCGCACUGAAGAUCGGUUUGGACUUCUGUCUGAUAUCACCAGGGUAUUCAGGGAGAACAGUUUAUGUAUUAAAAGAGCAGAAAUAUCAACAGAAGGUGGGAAAGCCAAAGACACCUUCUAUGUCACAGAUGUGACUGGUAAUCCAGUCAACCCCCAGAUUAUUGAUUCAAUUCGCCAACAAAUUGGGCACUCCAUCCUGCAGGUGAAGAACUCCAAUCUUUCACCAAAGGCCCCCCAAGAGACAACAAUGAGUUUCCUCUUUGGGAACAUCUUCAAAUGUCGAACCCUUCAGAAUUUCAAAUUGAUCAGAUCCUACUCUUAAUACCUUCCUUCCCAUAAUACAUACACUUCCAUAAGUAGAAACUGUGCAGACAUAUCAGAUGCUUCUUCUGGAAAAAAGAAACAACAUACAAAGAGACUAAAGGACAAUGUAAAUAGUCUUCCCUUCCUCUUGUUGCAGAGGGUUUACUGCUAUGUCCUGAUACUGGAUAGAAGUAACUCAAGACACAAAUACUAUACUGUAAAAAUGCCUACUGGUCUUUGUAUAUCCUUGUGUCUUUUAGUAAGCUGUGUACAGUGUGAUAUUACUUGCCUUGUACAAAAAAAUAAAAAUAAAACAAGAUUGUACAGAUGCCUCUAAAUUUAGUGAUUGGAUGUUAUCUUUGGCUUCUUGCAAAUUGAAUUCAUCCAAUCAAAACUAAAUUUGAAGCCCUGGUUCAUUUAAUGAUGGGUUCUUCCCUUCUUUUUUU